GAGAAUUCCUUAUUUGGGAGAGCAGCCAAUGAAACCACACAGAUAUUGACCUUAAGACAUUCUCUAGAUUGUGCAGCAUUGUUACAGCGAGGAGAGACACAGAAGGCUAAGCUCAGCCUUGGCAAAAGCGGGAGGCUGGAGCAGGAGUCCGCCUGACCUCUGCAAUGGGGUCCGGACGAUAGGAGACAGGGGCAACGCAUUCCCGAGCCCCCAGGGACCUCUUCAGCUUCAGUCCUCUCCCAUCACUUGGCACUUACAGAGGAGCCGAUGUUAGGGACCAGUAAGAGGAGUCUGCUCCUCUCCACAGACAUGCAAUGUUGUGGGGACAAAGUUUUUAGCCGCAGAUGACCUGGAAUGCUGCUUCACCAGCCAAAGGCCCCCCACUGGGAUUUCAACCAUCUGCAGAAGACGGUAGAAUUUUGUAUGUUCCUUUGAAAAGCCAAGGAAAAAGGAAGAGACAAUGUCCCUGACUAUUUGACCGGACCACAAGCCCACCCUGAAGAUGUGUUCUACAAACCCAGGCAGCUGGGUCACCUUCGAUGAUGACCCCGCUUUUCAGUCUUCUCAGGCGAAGGCGAAGGAUUUCCCUCUGGAGACCCAAGGUGUUUGCAGACCAAAUGGACUGAAGCUGAGCCUGCCCGGCCUCAGGGACCUCCCGAGCGCUUCCUCCUCCUCCAGCAGCACCCCGCUAUCCUCUCCCAUGGUCGACUUUUACUUCAGCCCGGGACCUCCAAGCAACUCUCCUCUCUCUACACCCACCAAAGACUUCCCGGGGUUCCCCGGCAUCCCUAAAGCAGGGACUCACGUGCUUUAUCCUAUUCCAGAAUCUUCUUCAAGCAGCCCCCCCUCAACAGCGGGUCCUCCGUUGUCGCUUACGAAGCCAACCUGCUUACCCCAUGCGUCAUUACCCAGUGACCGCUCAUGCACCCCACUGACCCCCAAAGCUGGUCUUGAAGAUGACGCCAGCCCUCAGCAGGCCCGAAGCGAGGCUCUGCAGUUCGAGUAUUUCCGAGAGGACUGUUCUUUCUCCAGCCCAUUUUGGAAAGAUGAAGGUAGCAGUUCUCAGGUCUCCUUUGACUCCCCGGCAAGCAGAAAGCCGUUCUCAUCGAGGGACAAGGAAGUACCCAUUGAUCAAAAAAGCCUAAACCAGUGCUCACUUAGCUACAUCUGUGAGAGGCUUGAACACCUGCAGUCAGCUGAGACCCAAGACCCUCUUGGAAACGCGUCUGUGCAGAGUCCAUAUGCUGGAGACACAGCCUCUUCUUUUGUCCCCCACACGCUCUUCCGGAGUCAGCCCAAAGCUGGAUGGUCCUUCAUGCUGAGGAUUCCCGAGAAGAAGAACAUGAUGUCUUCCAGGCAGUGGGGACCCAUUUUCCUGAAGGUUCUGCCAGGAGGGAUUCUGCAGAUGUAUUAUGAGAAGGGGCUGGAAAAACCGUUCAAAGAGUUCCAGCUCGAUCCACAUUGCAGGCUUUCUGAACCCAAACUCGAGAACUUCAGCAUGGCGGGGAAAAUCCACACUGUGAAGGUGGAACAUGUGUCUUACUCAGAGAAAAGGAAAUACCAUUCCAAGACAGAGGUGGUUCACGAGCCUGACGUAGAACAGAUGCUAAAGUUGGGGUCCACAGAGCACGGUGACUUCCUGGAGUUCCUGACCACUGUGGAGGAGGAGCUGGUAAAGCUGCCCGCUGUUGCAAAACCAAGGAAGAAUUACGAGGAACAAGAAAUUUACCUGGACAUCGUGGACAACUUUUGGGGUAAAGUAACCAAAGAAGAUGGAAAAUUGGUUGAAAGUGCCGUGACAACUCAAAUCUGUUGCCUCUGCUUUGUGAAUGGGACGGCGGAAUGCUUUUUAACCUUGAAUGACCUUGAACUCCAGAAACGAGAUGAAUGCUAUUUUGAGAAAGAACCAGAAAAAAGGGCCAUUGAUAUUCUUAACUACCAUUUCCAUACAUGUGUGAAAGCUGAGGAAUUUGAACAGUCCAGAAUCAUUAAGUUCAUACCUCUGGAUGCUUGCCGGUUUGAGCUGAUGCGUUUCAAAACCUCGUAUGAAGGGGAUGAGCUUCCCUUUUCUGUGAAGUCCAUAGUGGCUGUCCAGGGGGCAUAUGUGGAACUUCAGGCCUUUGUCAACAUGACCCCGGGGGCUCAGAAGUCACCCCCUGCCAGUUCCUCAAGGUGCUGUGACAAUAUCAUGAUUCACUUUCCUGUCCCAGCCCAAUGGAUCAAGGCCCUCUGGACCAGGAACCUUCAGAGGCAGAAGUCUCUGAAAGCCAAAAUGAACCGUCGGGCAUGUCUGGGGAGUUUACAGGAACCUGAAUCCGAACCUGUCAUUCAGGUCACUGUGGGGUCAGCGAAAUACGAGAGUGCCUACCGGGCUGUGGUGUGGAGGAUAGAUCGACUUCCAGACAAAAACUCAAGUCCCGAUCAGCCUCAUAGUCUGUCAUACAAACUUGAACUUGGAUCAGACCAGGAGAUUCCCUCAGAUUGGUAUCCGUUUGCUACUGUCCAGUUUUCAAUGCCUGAAACCUCUGCCUCGGGGACGGAGGUGAGGUCUCUAGGAGUAGAGAGCGACGUGCAGCCUCAGAAGCACACGUCUCAGCGGGCUUGCUACAACAUCCAGGUUGAAAUAGAAAAGAAGUGGAUCCAGAUAGAUGGAGAAGACCCAGAUAAAGCCGGUGGCUGUGUGACUCAGUAGAUGAUGAUGCCCCUCUGGUCAACCCACAGCUGGGGCAGGAAGUUCUGGUACAGUAUGGUGGGACUGAGUUCUGAGUAGCAGCCUUAGGCCAGAGAUGCAGUGGUGAGUCUGGAGAAGCGUAUGCUCCAAAGCAGGCCGUCUGCAUGUUACCCCCUGAUAUACUUUUGCUCUGGGGAUACGAGUGGGAAUGUGUCCGUGACUUGUGCAUCUUGUUGAAAGGCAGAGGUGCUGUUAAUUGACGUGAGACCUGCUGGCCAGUUUGCCUGAAGAGUAUGUGGGUUUGGAUUACCCAGUGACUUCAUUUUGUCACCUGGGUUGUGUGAUUCCCAUCUCUUCUUGCUUUCUGUGUUAGUGUGGUGGUGUGAAUGAGACUGGCCCCCACAGGCUCACAUACUUGAGUGCUUAGUCACCGGGGAGUGGAACUGUUUGAGAAGGAUUGGAAGGACCAGGAGGUGUGGCCUGAUUGGAGUAGGUGUGGCCUUGUUGGAGGAAGUGUUUCACUGCGGGGUGGGCUUUGACGUUUCAAAAGCCAUGCCAGGCCCAGUCUCUCUCUCUCUCUCUCUCUGCCUGUGGAUAAGGAUGUAGUUCUCAGCUACUGCUCCAGCACCACAAGUACCCUCAAGCUCCUACCAUGCUCCUGCCAAGAUGAUAAUGUACUAACCUUCUGAAAACAUAAGCAAGCCAGUCAGCAACAUUCCUCCAUGGCCUCUGCAUCAGCUCCUGCCUCCAGGUUCCUGCCCUGUUUGAGUUCCUGUCCUGACUUCCUUCCAUGAUGAACAGUGAUGCGGAAGUGUAAGCCAAACAAACCCCUUCCUCCCCAACUUGUUUAUGUCAUGGUGUUUCGUCACAUCGAUAGAAACCCUAGCUGGGACCGUUAGCAUGUGGACCACCAAGAGAGGCAACCGAAGGAGACAGAACCCCAAGUACGUGAUGUCUCCUCUCACUCAGCCCUGAGAUGCAGUUAGGCAAAACCUGUGAUUUUUUAAUUAUCUACGCUCCUGUCCUGUGACAAUAUUGGGAGUCAUCCUCGGCAGCAUUUGCUACCUGUCUUUCCCUUGCCGUGGGGUCAUUUUCAAAAUGUCAUGUGGGAUUUAUGGUCCAAAGAAAUUAUUUCCAUUAAUGUACAUGUUUUGGAAUGAGUCCCUGCGAUACAGUGCCUUUUGGUCUGGGGUAGGGAGGGGCAGGGGAGGGCGCGGGACUCCUUUCAAAAUGAGAUCAGAGUCACUGGCCAUAAAUUAAAAUAUUUAUUUACAUUAAAGAUGAACUUUUAAAGAUCAUGAAUAUGGUUUUCCAAAAGUAGCAACGCUAGGACCGUGUUUGGCAACAGUAUUUCCUGUAAUGAACACAACUCUCUUGUUAGAGGGCUAAGCCCUGGACUCUCUUGCUAGGAGGCUAAGCCCUGGCUUAAUUCUGUGCCCUGGUGCUGCCGCCACUCUUCGGGUUCAUUCGAAUUCUUUGAGACUGUUUUCUUGGACUGGAGAGAUGGCCCAGCCAUUCCAGGCUAGGCUCACAACCAAAAGUAUGAAAGUGUUUCCUUUAGAAGAUGUGCCAAGUCAAAGACACUGUAUUACUACAAGGAGAUAGUUCAGCUCUUCCGAGUGGGCGGAAAGACUUGAUGGUCCUGUGUCUAGGGAGACGACAGUGGCAUUAGCAGCUAGAACUCUGCCUGGCAUUUCCUUUAGUACUUACCAUGACAAGUCAGAACCCUAAAACUGAUAAAAAUCAAUGUUCUGAGGAAUUUCUUUUUCUUUGUCUGAAAAACAGAGUCCUCCAUGUUGUUUUAACAUGCACUCAGUUCAUAUCGAGCCUUAUCCGAGACUGGAAGCUUUCUUCCCCACUCUCUAGGCUUAUUUUGAGUCAAAAAGUGAUGUGCAGCUGUUCUAAACCACAUUUCCUUGUUGGCCUACAGAAUUUAUUUCACGCAUUUAUCUUGUGUUACGUUCAUUUUCAUCUAUUCAGAUAGAUUAAAACAAACAUUCACGAUGGUUUGUAUCAAUCAGAUUUUAUUGUUCUUCUGUUACUGUGGAGGCACAGCAAACAACAUUCAACGUCAAUGGAUUACAGCGCUCUAGUUUAACUCCGUGGGAUACGUCACUCACAAUGUUUGCUCGAGGCUCGUGGCUGAUGGUCGCGAGUGCGUGUUUUAUAGCAAUCACACCCUCUUUCCCUGUCUUCUGGAGUAGGCACACUUUCUCUUCCGUCUGCUUGGGACGAAUAUGGAGACCGGCGAGUAGUGAUGCCGGAAAAGAGGUGGGUUAAUCCCAUCUUUUUCUCUGAGGUGCUUUAUGGCCUCCUGCCCAUCAAGAGUUCACAGUGGAUGCAAAUGAACUGAAUGCAUAUUCAUAUCACAAAAGAAAUCCAGUGAAGGGUCCAAGGCAUCCCUCCUCCCGCCUUGAAGGCUGGCUAGUGUGUGUGGGUCAUACUGCUGGGGUCUUUAAGUCACAAGCCACCCAGACCUCAGGACCAUCUCAAGCUUCAGGAACAGAAGACUGCCACAAGCCCAAACGGAGUUUCUGGAGCAAUGUUGAUAGCAUUAACAGCGGGGUGCAGUGGCAUAAUUGUUAAUUUGCACAUCUAUCAAGGACCUUAGAUAUCCAUUACGUAGUGUUAAAUUAACAUUAGGGAUGAGAGGCUUUUUUAAUACAGUUCUUCUGACCUUAGAAAUGGCUGGAGGUCAAAUGUGACUCCUGAGCUCUGUGUGAAAAGUUACCAGGGCAUUUAGACGGUGUAAGAAGUAAAAUCUCUUCCAGGAGGCCAGCAGUGAUCUUCAAAAGUCCUUGCUUCUAAAGGAGCCUGGGAGGGAAUUCGAGAAAAAACACUUUUAAAAAAAAUUUAAUUUAGAUAACUUCUUUACGAGUGUGAGCACUUUGGAGUCUGUGGCCAAUGUCAAGGACACCAUCAGGUUAUAACUUGUCCUUCUGCCUUCACUGGCCUGGUCCGUUCAUCUAGCCAGCAAGGGCCACGUUAACUGUGCUAAUAAGUUCAUGAGUUGAUCGUUCCGUGAUCAAUUGUGCAGGUCUGAGUGCGAGAACGCUUCCCGUGUCGGUGGCAACUGUUAAAGCUAAUCAAUUACAAAAGAUGAAUGCCGUGCUCUCCAGCUCACCUUUAGGUCUGGUGUGUAUGUCAGAGAACUGUAGUACCUUUCAUUCGGGAGCUGUGUUUAUGGUCUAGCCCCUUUCUUUACGAAUUCACUUGGAUGGUUUUCCUUAACAAUGACUGUUACGUUUUACUCAAAAUAUGACUUUUGUGACCUGUCAUUACAAAUACAGAACAGAUUGAACUUUGAUAAUCAUGUAACAAAGUAUUUUGUAGAUUACCUAUUGAUUUUUAUAAAAUUAAAGAUGUAUUUCAAAUGGU